AUCCACAUCUGGCACAGAGGAAAAUUGGCUACGGUACAAAACACCGAGGCAUCGAUGGACUCUUCCACCAGCUGACAGCUAUGAUUUCCCCUGCUCACCUCGCCUUCGCCGCCGCCUUCCUCCUCGUCGUCCGGUCGUCGGCGCCUGGCGCUGCUGCCGCCCGCCCGAUCUUCGAUGGCAAGCCAUCCCCCUCCGAGGCCACCGCCACUGCGAGGUGGCUCGCCGCCCAGAACACGUGGGGUGUCCUCAGCACAAUAUCAAGUGACUUAAGUGGAGCUCCAUUUGGCAAUGUAGUUUCAUAUAGUGAUGGAGUACCAGGCGAGGGCCGUGGAAUACCCUACUUUUAUCUGACAACUCUGGAUCCCAGUGCAAGAGAUGCACUGGAAGAUGAAAGGACCUCUUUUACCCUUAGUGAGUUCCCUCUGGGAACUUGUGGGGAAAUAGAUCCUGAAAACCCCACUUGUGCAAAACUAGCCCUUAAUGGAAAGUUGAAGAUGGUUGACCUUCAGUCAUCUGAAGCAGAUUUGGCCAAGUCAGCACUUUUUACCAAACAUCCUGAAAUGAAGGAUUGGCCAAAGAAUCAUCAUUUCAAAAUCUUCAAAAUGGAAAUCGAAAACAUAUUCUUGAUUGAUUGGUUUGGGGGUCCUAAACCCAUAUCCCCCUCCCAGUACCUUGAAUUUGGAAGAAAUCAGGGCUCAUUGAUGUACUCAUAAGCGAAGAAUGCUUCAUCGAUCAAUAUCCCGUCUGUGUAUGCUCUUCUCAAAAAUGAAAUCCAUAUUGCACAUAUUGUAAAGACAUCUCUGUGCACGGAAUAAACCUGUAGUGUUAUUAAAAUGAAAUCCAUAUGGCACAUAUUGUAAAGACAUCUCUUUGCAUAGAAUAAAGUUUUAGUGUUAUUAUUAUUGA